CCCGGAGACGCGCUUUGAGGAGCACAAGGCACACGACACGCUGUGCGCCUUCCUUGAGAGCGAGGGUUUCGACGUGCGGCGACAUCACGUCCUGGGCACGGCCUUCCGCGCGGAGUACGGGGCCGGUUCUCCCGUGGUGGCACUUCUGUGCGAGUACGACGCCCUACCCGGCCUUGGUCACGCCUGCGGUCACAACCUGAUCGCCGAGAGCGCACUCACCGCCGCGGUCGCAGCGAGGGAGCUCCUCCGACGGAGCGAGUUGUGCGAGGCACCCGUAAAGGGAAAGAUAGUAGUGCUGGGAACGCCCGCCGAAGAAGGUGGCAUGGGCAAAGAGCUGUUGCUGCGCGCCGGGGCACUGGACGAUGUCGACGCCGCGCUCAUGGCGCAUCCUGAGAACAGGGCAGUCCUGCGACUCCACCUGUCGUCAAGAUGCGGAGUCAGCGUGAUCUUCGACGCCGUCGAUGUUCCGGACGGGGAACGGCAACCCAGCGCCAUGGACGCCUCUGUGCUCGCUUAUCACAAUAUGUCCCUCCUGAGGGCUAGUAUGGACCCGGAGUGUCGAAUGCACGGUGUGCUGAAAACCGAGACGGCGACCGACUUCGACGUACGCCGCAGCCGGCUCGACUUGAACGUGCGGGCGCCCAGCACCGAGCGUGCCCUGCAGAUGCGGCGCGACAUCGAGGCCUGCGCGAAGGCGGCGGCCAAGGCCACGGGCUGUCACCUCACCAUCGUCGAGAUGGGGCCGCUCUGCAAGCACAUGAACUACAACGAAUCCUUGCUGAGGAUAUUCCAGAAGCACGCCGACGACUACGGAAUGGCCUUUAACGAUGGUCCGUUGAUAACGGGCUCCACCUCCGACGUGGGCAACGUGUCUCAUCGGCUGCCCACCAUCCACCCCGUGUACCGCAUCGAGUCAGCCACCUUCAACCAUACGACAGAGUUCUGCCGCGUAGCCGGCACGAGGAAGGCGCAGGAAACAGCGCUGCUCGUUGGGAAGAUGCUGGCGCUCACAGCCUUUGACCUGCUGUGUGACCCGCGUCACAUCGAAUGUGCUAAGAAAGAGUUCGACAGAUGCGCUGCGCUCGUCGUAUGAACCGCGCGCUAUUUUAUUGCAUCAGUUCAUUCGAAUUCGGUAUCUGCAGAGUAAGAUGUGGGGAGAUCCAACCAUGCAGUGCGUCUCAGUGCAUUCGCGAAACGCCAUAGCUGGUAAGCUUACAUAACAUUCUAAAUAUUUCUUUCAGUGCCGUAUAAAUAACAAAACGCACGCGCGAUUUCGGAAGUGACGUCAUGCAGGAACGCGGAAAGCUCACGUAUUUCUUGAGGUACAACAAUAAUAAUUAUUGGAUUUGUUUUUUGUUUUGUCAGAAGCAUUUGCUUCAAUGCAGUGAGGUUCGGCCGUUCGAUAUCAGGUCACCCCGAGACCACGGGAAUCUCUAGCUGUUAUCUCCAGGCAAUAUGAGGUGUCGGUUUCCACAAUCACCGCACGCAAGGUCUUUUUGUUUGGAGUCGCAGCGCCACACAAGUGGACUGACAAUCGAGAUACUAUUAGGUAGAUACGGCUACAGUCUACUAAACGAGCAUGUAGCGUUCCUGCUUUUCCCGCGCCAUGUUUGGCCACAAACAAAUUCUGGCGUGACCCGUCUCACAAUGAAUGUCGAUGUUAACGCGAUUAACAUUCAAACAAUGUAGUGACACACCGUAUUGCCACCCGCUGAAACGCGUCAUGUGGGAGCCAUAUGUGCUGCAGUCGGGCUCCUAUCUCGAUAUUUCCCCUGGACACGCUCACUGCGUCAUCUAACGGCGCGCCCGCGAAGUCUUCCCCCUUUUGCGUGGCCUCCGAGAUUGUGCGCCGGUGCGUCGUAACGCUGAGAAAUAAUCCCUCGCUGUCCGCAGCCAUUCAUGGGGACGCGCUAAAGCGUCGGCGUUCUGUGCUUGAGGAACCCGGCUAACGUCAGUUUGACUCCACCAAGGAGCGGAGGAACCGUAAAGAAUUUUGAAAGCGAUUAGCAUAUUUAACCUACCUAAGCCACUUUGUGCGCAUAUAUAUAUAUAUAUAUAUAUAUAUAUAUAUAUAUAUAGCCGCGGUACGCCGUUCUUCAAUUGCACUACAAUUAUCUAGAUUUAUCCGGUGUUGUAGAAUUCGAAGUUGCAUUAGUCUGGUUCCUCAAGCACAACGGCUCAAGGUUUUAGCUCUGCGCUGCGAACACGCGCAGGCUGGGAGGGAUUAAACCUUGGUGUUCGAGUGCACCGGCACGCCACCGGUGCAGUUUAGGCACGCCGCUAGAUGGCGUGGCGUGUCUAGGAGAAAGCGUGAGAGGGGAAUACUGACUGCCAGUUCACGGCGUAUUAUACACGGCGCGUUUAAGCGGUGGCAAAUGGUGAGCCGCUACAUGUUUUUGAAUGCUAAUAGCACUAACAUCCACAGCCAUAAUGAUAUGGGUUCUGUCGGAAUUUUAUUAUAAUUGAAGAGCGGCGUAAAGACGCUAGAUACCGACACAGAGAUACAUACAGACACGAAGUGGCUUAAGUAGGCUAAGAAUGCUAAUCGCAUUAAAGGUCCAUCCCGCUCGAGUUGGCACUGCGGCUCCAAACGCACUUGCCUUGUGUGAGCUAGGUAGUAAUAGUUCCACUGUGUUAUACUUUUUUACGUUCAUCUUACCUUGUUUGGCAGCGACAGCUUUUAUAUGAGCUCAUGCCUGGUGUGUUCUUCGUGCGCGAUUUUGUGCAUCAUCGCAUUUCUCCCGAGUAGCCUGCUAGGCGAGUAAGUGAGCAAGCUUAUUUAUAUAUCAUUCAAGAGAUCCGGCAGGACGCAAGCCGAAGCUGCUCAGAAAACAUAAAGGAAUUGUGAAAAAAGAAAAUGUGACUGAGUGCGAGAUCCUGUUUUCUGGACAUUUUGUGCGGCUGUCACUUAGAAUAUAGAUAUACAUAGGUUCUCCGCAUUUCGUAAAAUAAAUAAAAUAAGAUAAAAUAAAGCUUAAAAAUAGGCCAUGUAUGAGUAGUGUAUAUGAUCAAUUCAUUUCACUUAGUGCACUGGUUUCAAUACCACGAAACCGACCAAAUUAGAUCCAUCAAAACACUUUCGUCUACAUUGUAAAUGCACAUCGUCGACCGCCCAUCCGCAAGUUUGCAGCGGUUUGUAAAUGUCUCGAACUACUGAUAGAAGGGCGGACGAAAUUAGUGGGCAGUAGAGAUAAAGAUACGUAUACUCCGUCUCAUACAUAGCAGGAAACACCACAAAUGCUAGAAGGGCUUCUCUCGCGGCUCACAUUACCGGCCGAAAAAAUUGUGCGCUACAUAUGAAAGAUUGUUAUGUAUAUGAAAACGCCACGUAAAUCCCUGUAAGAUGAGUCUCAUACGUUUAUGUCGCAAAAUAUGACGCAUCUGUUACAUGAAAGGCAGCGGAUAUUAUCUGAACCUUUUUUCGCCAUUGAACGAUGUGGAGUGACACAUUUCUGCUACCAGCUAGCGGCCACAGCCCAUCGCUGAAUUAACGACCGAGAAAACUACAACCAAAGUUUAUUUUAGGAAACCCGAAAUUUCGAAUUCCGACCGGUUCCUUCUUGAAGGGUGAGAUGGCGGUAGGCGUAGCAGUGCUUAUGUGUUUUUUUCCUUUUUUUCUUGUGGUUCGACAGGUGUGCGGGCACCCUGCGCAGUCAUUUAAAGCAGACGGCGGGAAGAAUCUCAGAGGAACGAUUGCUAUACUGGACGUGCAAAUGUGCACGAGUAAUGGUAUUCGAGGUAAACUUGAGUCCAGAGGUUGAUCUUCCCUAGAAAGCGUCGAGGAUCGACAACAUCCUCCCCGCUAAAGGCGCGUGGGGAGGCCUGUGUGACCGCACAGCUUGUGCACCUUCUGCAGCGUUACCUGCUAUGCGUGUAUGUGCGAAAGGGAGUGCAGUUUUGCGCCGCAGUGUGCUGACCUGCACUAGAAAAUUAUGCUUGAUUACUUACCUCACGACUCAGUUCGACCCUUCAAAGCUAACGUUGAGUCUUUCUCAACAUGGCGCAUGCCCAAGAGGGGGAUUGGCCACACAAAUGAGAAACUGAGUAUCUAUAAACAACGAAAUAUGCUCAGCGUUACCCGACUCUUAAUUCUAUGAUCCUGCCACGGGUAACGGACAUAGUGCAUGUGUGAGGUUGAUUUAGCGAGGAAAAUUAGCGCUGCAGCUGAAGAAAAGAGAGAAAAACUUUGGACAAGCAUCCAAUCGGAAUUUUCUUCGUUCUAAUCACUUGCUCUAUGGCAUUAGUUAGCAGUGCCUCCCUCUUUGGACCGAGGUUUUUGGUUAUCUGUAUUCGAACUUCAUCGGGUCCUGCUGCUGUGUUAUAAGGAACAUUCUCUUCUGCUUUUUUCCAGCAAAAGUUUUCUAUGCUAAAUUUUGGUCUCUCAGGCUUCUGUGUUGCUGAAUCUGAGUCUGAACUACGCUUUCUUUUUUGCCGGAAUUACCCCUAUCAACGUACCCUCACGUACCGCAGCGCAUCGUUUCCUUCGAAGAUGUUAGGGCGUUUAUCCGUUAUAGCCGUUUGCGAAUUUUUAGUUGGAGCUCCAAGUGCUCUUACAUGGUUCCACAAUGUUUUUGGUGCGCCUCUCUCUCUUUUGCAAAUGCUAUGCACCCAACCUUCACUUGUGUAUUCAAUUUUCUCUUGCACGAGCUCUCUCGCCACCUUUGUUUUCUCUGUAUUUAUUCCAUCUAAGGAGCACCUCUUCGUCGUGUAAUCCCAACUUCUUUAGCUUCUCGAUGAUCUCUAGAUGCCUAAUUGCGCUCUUCUAUAGCAUGCUUGAAUUUCCUUGCUCCACCACUUACGUGGCUUUCUCUUUCCAAUCCAACAUUUGUUUGGCCGUGUCUGUCUUAUCUCCUGCUGCAUAAUGCCUUCCAGUUCCUUACAUUCAAAGGCUGUUGCAGCAAACGCCUCCAUUUUCCUCUCAAUAUUUUUUUUUCAAUCUCUGUUAUUUGCUUUUCACUCACUUUUAGAAAUUCUGAUGCUAUUGGUUCGUGUUUUGCGUCAGUAUCUUACCCAAAUUUGAAGGUUAAGCGUUUAUGAACGCUACCCAGGCUAUUUUUUCUAUGUUCAUCUAUCAUCCUUUCGUCUAGUCGUUCGUAGACCGCUUCUGAGACUAAGGCGUAAUCGAUACAUGAUUGCCUAUUUCCGGAUUGCCACGUUACCUAGCUCUCCGUGACACUUAUUCUCCCUGUUAACUAUUAUAAGGUUCUGUUCGCCGCACAGAUCAAGCACUAGAAAACCGUUGUAAUCAGUGUAUCUGUCUGAAUCCUUUAUGUACGCAUUCAUAUCUUCUACUAAUAACACCUGGCCCGAUCUCUUGCACUCAUUACUAUCGCUUAUGAUGCAAUCAAUCGCUUCUUUAUUUUGAUCUCCGCUCUAUCACUACCUGUCCAUAGGUAAACUGCUCCAAGCCACGUCUUAUUGCCUUCCCAUGCGCCGCUAAUCCACAAAUGUUCCUUACAUGUAUCUGUUUUCGAAAUUCGAAUUCAAAGGUGAUAUACAAGGCAUGCAGCGGAAGAAACUGCUCCAAAUUUAUUUCUGAAGCGAAAAAAAAAGCUAAGCGGAAUAUCUGCAGCGCAUUCGAAACACUGCUAGGCGGUCUCAAAUUACGAGAAUCGCUUUAUUUGCACUGAUGCGCACUCAUGCAUGGGCAAAGCCACGCACGAUACUUGGCAGUAUAGUUUCAGUCUGGAGCUCUGCCGAGCAAGACUGGUUGUGGCAGCGGCGCAGUUUGCUAAUGGCUGCUUUAGCGUUCAUAACUUGCACCGACCUUGUUAUUGUGACUAGUACAAACCAACUUGACGAGCCACCAGUUACAUUAAGUUUAUUUGCGGUGCGACGUGAUAGAGUAAUGAAGCGCCUUUUGGCAAUGCGAUGCUGUGUCGCAACACUUCUUGUGAAAAGUACAGCAAACUAAUACCUCGACACGCGCUCUAAGCGAAACCGAAAGAAAUGUUCUUUCAAGCUAAACGCUUGGUUCAGUUUUAGUCAUUGCAACCAAGUUUUUACUAAAGGUGGAGCGGUGACGCGUUUCAUCUUGUCGCUCAGUGGUGGCACGUCAGUUAAUACCCCCCCCCCCCCCCCCUCCUUCCUCACUCAAGAAGAAAAUGAGAGGUACCCCAGCAUGUCCACAGUUUUAUGAUUGAAGACUUCUGGUUGUCGCAUGUGCGGAAACGAAUGGUCCAUUCGCCAUAACGUUGUGCAUGGACGUCAGACUCUGGAGUUUUGCAAGACACGUAGCGCCACCUGCCGUUGCGAAGAGGCAGUAAUUGAGUAGUGCGAAGCCCGACUCCCUUGCUAAGUUGCCUAUGCAGAUAGCAACUGCGAAACAACGAUUUAACUAGAUUUUGGUCCAUAUUGCGAGUGUUUUGCGCAUUUAACACCCAGACAGAGAGCUAUGAAUUUCUACGCUAGUCGGACGCGCCGCCGAAGUGCCAUAAAGCGCUUGCUGGCUCACUCU